AUGGAGACUGGUAUCACGUGCUGUGCUCGUGGGAUGUUCUUCCUAGCCUUGACGUACUCACACUUCUGCAAAUACGCGUGCUCCGAAGAAGUUCCCGAGCUUCAAGACAUGGGAGGCCCUGCUGAAGGUGGAUUCAGUGUUGCUUUCGACCCACUCGACGGCUCUAGCAUUGUUGAUACGAACUUCACCGUAGGUACCAUCUUUGGGGUGUGGCCUGGUGACAAGUUAACCGGUGUAACAGGACAAGACCAAGUUGCUGCAGCGAUGGGAAUUUUCGGUCCUCGGACGACAUAUGUUCUCGCACUUAAGGACGUCCCCGGCACCCAUGAAUUCCUCCUCCUUGAUGAAGGAAAAUGGCAGCAUGUGAAGGACACCUAUGAGAUUGGUGAAGGAAAGAUGUUCUCCCCUGGGAAUUUGAGAGCCACAUUUGACAACCCUGAAUACGAUAAGUUGAUCAACUAUUAUGUGAGAGAGAAAUACACAUUGAGGUACACUGGUGGAAUGGUGCCUGAUGUCAACCAGAUCAUUGUAAAAGAGAAGGGUAUUUUUACAAAUGUGGCCUCACCAUCUGCCAAGGCCAAGCUGAGAUUGUUGUUUGAGGUUGCACCAUUGGGGUUUGGUUCGAAAGCCGAGAUUAUCCGGUUCGAAGAAACUCUAUACGGAUCAUCGAGGCUCAGUGCAGGGGUCCCUGUUGGAGCUUCUGCCUAAAUAAACAAUGUUUCACUUGUUUUCGUUUUCAGACAUUUUUUUUUUCCUUGUACCUUAA